CACAAUACAUUAAAACGAAUUGGCACAGUACUUUUUUGUUUGCAGCUUCUACAAAGCUGUUCCUUCACAGAGGAGAGAAAUGGGGAUUUUUCAAAUAUUAACUUCCCUUGUAUUGGCAAGUCAUGGUGUGAGCUCGUUGUUGCCUGAGGACCGCUGUCCCUAUCCUUUGCCUGCUCAAGGAAAUUUGACGGCCGACUAUAAUGACUACUUUUAUGGCUCAUUAUCACUCUGGCCAGGUCUAAAAAAGCGUGAUAUCGUGAAGACAUUCCGACUAACACACAGCGUGCUUUUAUUCCGAGGAAAAGUUUUCGAAUGGGGCAGCGAAAAAUACAAAUGGCCGGAGAUGGGACGGCCAUCUUCAUCUUGCAAAUUGAAAUGGAAUUACGAAAAGAAAGGUCGGAGUCGAUGCUCACUGGAUGAGAUAGAGGUUUGGAAUUCGCAAUAUGAAGCGAAAUACUCACGAUAUAGGCUCAUCACCAACAACUGCCAUCAUUAUGUAAAUCGUCUAGCGGAUAAACUGAAGACAAAUUGUCUAAGCCCUUCCAUCCAAGAUGAAGAGGAAGCAAUGGAACCUGACAAGUUCGAGCAAAAUCUAGCAAAGUAAAACAUCGAAAUUUUAUCUCAUAUGUCAUUUUGGGAGUAUAUUGGCGACGAUACAUGACUUUAUCCUACAAUUGUAGUUCAACUAAACAGUAAACAAAUAUAUAGUAAGAUUUUCUAUUAUUGUAUGUACCUUGUGAAAAAAAUUACAUAAAGUAAUGGUCCGUAUUCAAAAUAGGACAGUCUUUAAA